AUGUCGUCCUCCCAGGCGUUGAAUAUCUUCAUCCAGCAACCGGUCUCCAAGUCCAUGAUCAACUAUUUGGCACAGACCACCUUGACCGUCAUCAAGUGUGAGCACGCGGCCUACGCGACCCCGCCCUCUUCUCCGGGAUCGAAGGUCCUUGUCGCUGAACCCACCCUCGAGUCUUUGACGAUCUUUAUCAACAAUAUCGUGAAAAUGUCAAAUGUUCACACGCCCACCUUGAUGUCCAGCCUGGUCUAUCUUUCCCGCUUAAGAGAGCGCUUGCCUAAACUGGCUAUGGGCAUGGCCUGCACCUGCCACCGUAUUUUCCUGGCUGCCCUCAUUCUUGCCGCCAAGAACUUGAACGACUCAUCGCCCAAAAACAAGUAUUGGGCUCAGUACACCAUGGGUCUGUUUUCGAUUGAAGAGGUUAACCUUAUGGAGAAGCAGCUUCUUUUCCUUUUGGACUGGGAUCUUCGCGUCACAAAAGAGGACCUUUACGUGCAGUUUGCACCUUUCCUCACUAAUAUCAAGAAGAGUCUCGUCUCAUCUUCCUCCCUUCAGACCAGCCGCCAUUUGGCUCCCGCCACCACUGCUCCUCUUCACAUCCAGCCCCGUCGCGAGGCCGCUCCACAGUUGCCCAAGCACCGUGUCUUGCCCACACGCUCAUCCUCUGUUCAGUACACACCUCCUGAGUCGCCAGAGCGUGACCCUAGUCUCUCUGCUUCUUCGUCACUGUCGUCGCUUUCGUCAGUUGAGAGUUACGCCAGCUUGAGCCUGCCAAAACCUGUGCACGACUACCAUGCUAUGCACAAAAAUAUGUAUACUGGUCAGAAGCCCAACAUCACUCGAGGAUGGACGUCUAGCCAGAACCCACCAGUGAAAAUUGCUGGUGAGCAGCCAAUGAUGGGCCGUAUGCCGGCCUACUAG